UAUAUUUAUGUCUACUAGUUAGUACGUAUUGGUACUAACGAACGUAUACAAUCCUCUCUUUUUAUGCAAACCUUAUCUCAAACUUUUAAAAUCACUACCUCCCAAACCAAUUAAAAAGGACUUUCAUGACUAAAGACACUUUCUAUGUACUUAUAUAUAUAGUCACUUAGCUAAUUUCAAACAUCGAUUCAUAACAAUUAAUUAAUAUUCGAGCCUUGAGAAUGAAGCAAGUAUCAAUGGAGAUGAAGAAAGGACCCUGGAGUUCUGAUGAAGACUCUAAACUCAUCCAUUCCAUCUCCAUAUUUGGACAAGGACGUUGGGAUUCACUUGCUCACGUUGCCGGGUUGAAGCGUAGCGGUAAGAGUUGUAGACUAAGAUGGUUGAAUUAUUUGCGGCCAAAUUUAAGACGAGGAAAAAUAACUCCUCAAGAGCAGCUCCUUAUUCUACUCCUUCAUUUUCGCUUCGGAAAUAGAUGGUCAAAAAUAGCUGAGAAUUUGCCUGGGAGAAGUGAUAACGAUGUUAAAAAUUACUGGAGAACUAAAGUGCAAAAGCAUGCAAAACAGCUUCAUUGCGAAAUCAAUAGUCAACAAUUUCGACACUUCCUUCUCUAUGAAUGGAUGCCUUCUCUGUUGGCUCAACAAAUACCGACUUCUUCUUCUUCUUCUUCUUCAUCUUCUUCGGAAUUAAUCGUGAUGGAGAAUUGUUUUCCUAACGAUAUUAAUACAUAUCCAAACACUAAUAUUAUUUCAUCAACAGAUUCAUUCGUAAAGGAAGAUGAUAGUAAUAUUUGGAAAAAGUUAUCUAGUUUUGAAGAUGGAAUUAAUAUUUCUCAUGAUUUUUCAACCCCUUCAGAUAUGACACUUCAUAAUUAUUCAUCUCAUCAUGUGGAUGAUCAGUACUACUUUCACAAUUAUUGGACAAGUGCAGAAAUGCCAAGUUUGUAUGAAAUGGACCUUUGGCUCUGAUUACGAGUAUACGUGAAUCCAAUAAUGUCUUUAUUCAAUAUAUAUACAUACAUACAUACAUAUAUAUAUAUAUAUAUAUAUAUAUAUAAUUUACAAAAUUAUCUUUAAAUAUUUAAUUAGUGAACCCUAACUAGUUAAUUAGUUAUUAUUGUAUUGUAAUAUUUACUUGAAAUA